UAAAAGCUCUCCUCAUGACUUCCUCAUGUUCUCUCCUCUCCUCUCCUCUCUGCAGUUCAGCGUCUGGUUUCUGUCGUCAGUCUGACUUGUUGGUAAAUCGCUCAGCAUCAAACUCUGACCUUCUCUGAGUCGGAUGAAGAUCUGCUCCUGGACAUCGACAACUGGAUUAAAUUCAGACUGGGCCCUCAGACAGAAGGAUGUGGACGACUGUUUGAAAAACAAAUCUAUGAUUUUAGUCCUUUUUUUUAAGGUAUCAGAUUUAAGUGAACAGGUUGUGAAACUUGUACCAGGUGAAAUUAUUUAUCUUAUAAAUCAGUUAAUCAUGUUAAUAAGCGAUGAGCAGACAUUUUGCUCGAUUGAGCCGUAUCCAUUCGGUAGAUACCAUGAUCCUUACAGAUACAUAAAGGACAGCAUUCUUAGUGUCCCAGAAUCAGGCGCCUCAGACCUUAUUGAACCCUGUCAUGAAUUUAAAGCUUUUAUCAAUACACCUGAUGAAAAUCAACUGGAGAAGUUCACCACUGAGGUCAUUCGGUUUGCAGCUGCCUGCAUGAAUAGUCGUACCAAUGGUACCAUACAUUUUGGAAUAAUAGACAAACCUCAUGGUAAGAUAGUGGGGGUCGCUGUUAAUAGCAAAGAAAAGUACCUAAAAGCCCUAAAAUUAGCCAUUGAUUAUUACUUUGAAAACAAGAACAGAGAUGCUGCUCAUAAAUGUAUUAAAACUCCUCGAUUUGUUGAGGUUCUAAACAGAAAUACAGCAUCUUCUGACAAGUUUGUGAUUGAAGUGGACAUUAAGCCUCAGUUUGCCAUCUGUGGAGAAAACGAAUACCAAACCGUUAACAUGAAGCAUCGCAAGACAAAGACUAGAGAGAAAAAGUUCUACAUCAGAGAUGGUGCUAGCUGUAGGAGCCUUUUUGCCCGAACUACAUUUGCUAAGCCUAUGGUUGAGUACAGGCGGUUUGUUAAGAAAAUACCUGAACUAGCACAGCGACGUAAGAAUGCAGAGGAGGAGCACUCUAAACCAAUAAAAACCACAACUCAAGGCUCCAGCUUGAUUAACAUGAUUACAGGUGGAGCCUUUUCAAUGGAUAAGUCCAAUUUUGAACAUUAUGUCAUCGUGACAAACAAAUCUCAUCCAAGCCGUAGAGAAGUGCUAAACAAGAGGUUCCUUGUCAUUUUCUUACUUUUAUCAACAGUCAGUGAAGUAAUGGAUCCCCUUGUUGAGACCUUCAGUAUGUUCCUGCAGGAGCUCGGAGGGUCAGGACAAAUCCUCUGUAUAUGUGACGAUGAGAGCACAUUUAUUUCAUGGAGGGAUCUCAUUCAGGCUAAGUGUGGAGUCGACAUCUCUGACAGAUGUAUCUCUGAGCUCAGUUUUGCUGAAGUCAAUGGAACCGUCCUCAGUCUCUGGUCAGAAAACCGCAGAGCCAAACGGUUCCUACCGUGUGGGGGUGAGAGCAAGGUUGGUCUUGAAAGAAAAUUUGAGCAAACCUUGAAUACUUUGGAGAUCCUGUGUGUGAAUCAGUGUGAAGGAGAAAACGAGGACAGAGUUGCCAUAGAGGAGAACUUCUAUAGAGGUGGGAAGGUAUCAUGGUGGAAUUUCCAUUUCUCUGAAUUACCUGGAUUAACACCAUUCAUUAAACGGGACCAGUUUGAUUACAUCAUGAAUACUGUUAUACCUGAUUUAUGCUCCCGACCAACAGCUUGUGUCCUGUUCAAUCUCCUCCACCUGCCUGGUUGUGGUGGGACGACCUUGGCCAUGCAUGUGCUGUGGGCCCUUAGGGACAAAUAUCGCUGUGCCGUCCUCAGGGAAAAGUCAGACUUUGUUAAUGUGGCUGAUCAGGUGAUCAAAUUAUUAAUGUAUCAAUAUGAUGAACAAACACCGAGGGUUCCUGUACUGCUGAUGAUUGAUGACUUUGAUGACAUGGAGAAGGUUGAAGAAUUACAGUUUGCAAUUGAAACGCAGUUUAUUGAAAAAGACCUCCAGGCUGCAAAGGUCAUCCUUCUGAACUGUAUGAGGUCAGAGUUCAAUACAGUGACAGGACUAACUCCAGACACUGUGUUCAUUGGGAACAACCUCUCUGACGAGGAAUUAAGAUCUAGAAAGAGGACACCAGAAUAAUAAUCAUGGUUAAUAAAAUAAUUUUAUUAUUUUUAAUUAAAUUUAAAUAAUUAAUUACAUUUAAA